UCUUCUUAUAUGUGAGAAAGAAAACUGAUCAAAACUUCCGUUCUCUUUCUAAAUUCUCGACAUUCUUCGAACGACAUGAGCAAUCUACACUUACUACGUCUAUUUUAUAACCAAAAAAGUGCAAAAGUGCAAGAAGUGUGCGUAAAACGAACAAACCUACACAUCACUACACAUCUAAUACGUAAGGAGAAGAGUGGGUCAACCAGUGGAUGACGGAGCGUAUUGUUGUCUUUAACGAGCGGACGACGAGCGAGAUUGAAUCCCGUGCGAUGCCUUCAAGCGACAUCGGCGAGCACGCGAACCGGUAAUCAGGAUUCCAAGUCGGAAACUCUCGGUAUGGCGACGGGCAAGCGGCGGAGCAUCCACACGUCGUCCGGGAACGCCGGCGGUGCGUCCAGCUACUCCGGCUAUCCUGGCCUGCGUUCAAGCCGGAUGAACUUUCGACCGAGCAACGCGCAGCAGGAGGACCGCGGCGGCACCCGACCGACCGCGACGCCGAGCUCGAUCGGCCUCAUCCUCGUCACCAUGCUGCUGCACGUGUGCAAGAAGUCGCUGCUGUUCGACACCCGACUGAAGGUCGCCGUCUACUGCGGCACGAUAUUCACCAUCUCGCUGAUCGCGGACUUCAUUGCAAUGCCGCGAACUUAUUUCGCCAGGUCUGACAAUGCCCUGAAUCAGUACUUCGUCAAGUGGGGCUGGGGCUGGCUGCUGUCCGUGGUCGUGCCCUGGGUCGCUCUGACGGCGCACACGCUCGGCUGCGGCCGUCGGCCGAUCCUACUGAGACACCUGGCGCGGGUCUUCCUCGCCACCGUCGCUUGGCUCGUUUGGACAAAGCUGUUCAAUUAUAUCGAGACCAAUUACGGCAGAUGCCUGGGCACCCGCGACGCCAACUUGCAGUCGAAGACCAGAUGUUUGCAGUCCGGUAGAUUCUGGAGCGGUCUCGACAUAUCGGGACACACCUUCAUUCUGAUCUAUUCCAGCUUGAUCCUCGCCGAAGAAGGCUCUUCCCUGGUGGGAUGGGAGGGUAUCAAAGAUCUAGUUAUGCGUGAAGAGCACACAAGGUCCACACCGAGCGAGACUAGUACCGGCCCGCUGCGAAGCCUCUCCGACGGCGAUCUGGAGUUCUUGAAGAAGGCGCAUCGGGCGCUCACGCCGUACCUGCGCGGUCUCUUCGUGGCGAUGACGUUGCAGCAGCUGCUGUGGGACAUUAUGCUGGUGUCGACGGUUCUCUACUAUCACAUCAUGAUCGAGAAGUUCCUUGGCGGCGUAGCUGCAGUCGUCACGUGGUACGUCACGUAUCACUGGUGGUACAAGUUGCCGAAGAUUGGCCUGCCGGCGCCCGGCGACGGUCUCUUCAAGUACAACGAAGUGAAGACGAGUCCUGAAAUCGGAACCAAUUCCAGAGCGCGGCGCAGCACGUUGAACGGCACCAAUCAGCCGAAGUUCAUGGGGAUGCCGAUCAGAACGACGCAAGAAAACGCAGAGACGAAUCUGUCGAACAGGCAAUCGGAUGUCGACGUGCCUGUUUCGAGGGUGUAAGAGCGCGUUACUCCUCAUGAUCUGUUUUACAAUCGAUGUCAGUCGUCUUGGCGAUACUUGAACAUUUCACAAAAACGCAUUGCGGAUUAUCUUUUAUACCGGAUCGAAUAUUUGGAUUAAUAUCUGAGAAUAAUAUUUACAAAUGUUUCAUAGAAUUUGUAUUUAUCUGGAUUUAAACGAUUCUGUAAAAUAAAUAUAAAGCAUGUAUAUAGUAUGUAUAUAUACGAAAAUAUUCUUAAAGAAGUAUCCAAAUAUUCGGUUUUCCUUGGACGAAUACAAAGAUCUAGACAUGCAAAUGACAUCAUAAUUUCCGAAAAAUGUAGAUUUCGGUUUUUCGGAGCAAAGUGUAAUUUCAUAUUAUGCAAACGUUCGUUAAAAUAUUUGGGAUGCGAAUCAAGCUCAAAGCUCAAAGGGGACAACUUGCACGUACGUUAUCUUACAGAGUUUGUAAUUAUAGAAUAAUAAACAGAAGUGUGCGCUUGUUUUUUCGGCGCUUCUGUAUGGAUUGUUAAGAGACAUAUUAAUUUAUUAUGUUUAGAAUUAAAAGAUUUGGUGUCUUCGGUAACAAUCUUAUUUUGUAACUUAUAUUUAAUAAAGUCUGUUGUUAAUAAAGCAUGUACCUUAAAUUAAUGGAAUGCUCACAGCAUGAAAUUAAUAUACGCUACGUUAUAUUCAUACGUGAAAGAGAAGUGCAAAAUGUUUGUAAGUUUUUAAAAUCUUUCUUUCUCGUAAUACAAGUCGCUGCAUUUACAAAUGUGUUUCUUGCUAUUUUUGAAAUUAUUCUUUCACAUUAUCAAGAUCUAAAAAAACAUGAUCUAAAAAACAUUCAACAUGACGCAUGUUUUAUGCAGAGUUCUAGUUUGAUUGUACAACAAAAUUUUUCACUGAAUUAGUAAGUGAAGUGAAAAGAAAAACCUAUUACUUUCGCGACAAUAAAUUAUUGCAAGAUAAUUCAUAAAUAUUGUUAUAAUAUAUUUAUCACCGUAUUAGAUCGAAUAGAAUAGCACAUUUCUCUGUUUCUCAUUAACAAAUUUAACUCCUGUUUGCUUUAACGGAAAGAAAUUAGUAUGAAUAUAUCAGAGAUGUACACUUUUGAUAGUAAUUCUAAUAAGAAAGUGCAAUUUUUAUCAAAUAUGUUCCAUACGAUUGAUACAUAGAAUACAGCUGCAGAAUAAUUGUCAUAUAAUAAUUAUCAGAAUAAUUGUUGUAUUUGGCAACCUGGAGAUCUUUGACAAUCCAUUUGCUGAUGGCUUAAUAUCAUACUUUUACAUUAAAAUUAAAGUGAAGUAUAUUCUAUUUCACAGAAAGAAUGCUCUCGGUCUUUGCAUUCUAAUAAUAAAGUGCAGAGAAAAUGAAAAUCGCACACAACGUAGCAUUCAAUAGCAAACAUACGUGUUAACAAAGGGGACAAUUUUUGCAAGUCAAAUCGGCAUUGACGAAUAUACUUACAUCACCGGUUAUUAUUUAUUAACACUCAGUGAGCUCAGUUUCUGAACGUGGUGGAUAAAAAUUCGAGGUCAAUCUCUCAUAGAAUAGAAUAGACAUUUGUACAGAUACAAUUUGUAGUCGAUCGAUAUCACUUUACCAACAUGUUUUACUCAAUAAUGUCAAAUUCAUUGAGACAUUUCACAACACACACAUAUGUGUCAAAUUCAAUAGAAUUUAAUUAACUGAUAAUUAGUUCAAUGUACAUAUACAUUAAAAUAUUCUUACACUUCUACGUGUUUACGAUGUAUUCCUUUUAUUUUACAUUUUACAUAAAAAUAAUCACUCAAGUAUUACUAAAAUAAAAUCGCUGUGCGACCA